AUGGCCUCGAUUUUCCAAAGAGAGGCUCAGGCCCGGGAGUGUAAGGCUCCGCGGAGGUCAAGAUUUGGCUGCCGAAAUUGCAAGCUCAGAAAACUCAAGUGCGACGAAAGCAAACCGAAUUGCAAGAGAUGUAGUUCAUUUGGGGUAUUAUGCAACUUCGCGUCGAAUAUUCCCGACCUACAGCCCGUCGCCGCUGACUCAGGGAGGCCAUUGACAGUUCGACGGAGAGCACAGCUUCUGCCUCCUGUCUGCAGUGCUGUCUGGACUUCUGAUGAAAUCACAUCAUAUCAAUUGAACGCAAAGUGUCAAGACUUCAUCACUCGGUAUCUCGGUCGAAGUCUUACUACCCCGGAUGAUCCUAGUAUGAAAUACGUUAAUCGCAAGCUCCUGAGACUAGCCUUCACUCACCCUUUCUUAAUGCACGCCUCUCUAGCUGUGGCACUCACAUAUGACCGCCAUCUGCAUAACUCCUUGGGCAAUCGUCACAGUCUAGAAGAGUGCUAUCACUGGUCUCAAAGCACAGCUCUUCUCAACAGGCGAUUAAGAAAACCGAUCAAAGCAGAAGACAAGGAUGCAAUCUGGGGCACUGCGGCUGCUUUGGCUAUCUUGUCCGUUUCAUCCCCUGAAGCAUAUACACCCGAAGAAUCGUGGCCUUUAAACCCAUCCGACAACUCCAACCUGGACUGGAUACAUAUGAGCAAGAGUAAAAUGGCACUGUGGGACAUAGUGAAUCCGCUACGACCGGACAGUCUUUUUUGCGUCAUGGCGGCAACCUUUGCUCGUAUGGAAGCACCCUUGUUGGGGAAGGGUACAGAUGGUGUUCCAAGUGCCUUGGCUGGAAUCUGUCUCCUCGAAGACUCAUCUACCGCGACAAACAAUCCGUAUUUCCAUGCUGCCCAUGCCGUGUCUCAAGUUAUGGGUCUUCCAGAUAAUGAGGUCACAACAGGUGAAAGUCAAAUAUUCAUUCGCACUAUUCAUGGCCGUUUUGAAGACCUACUUCGGGGAAGAGACCCUGUAGCACUUCUGCUGCUGUAUCUAUGGUACCGCAAAGUAGGCCGAAGUAUAUGGUGGAUUGAACUUAGAGCUAGAGUGGAGUGUCCUUCCAUUUGCUUGUACUUGCAGCGGCAUCACAAAGCGAAUGUUGCGGUACAGGCAUUUCUUCCAGGGGGCUCACUUGCUGAAAUGGGGAACUAA